UACUACAGAGAGCCAUACAAUUGGUGCAGAUCUAACCACCAGAACCUUCUGCCAUACAACUGACUGUUGCACUCACCACUCGCAUAUAAGGAAGAAAGAGGAAACACACAAAAACCAAUUCAAGAAUGAACUGAAGCAUUUAUCAAGGCUCAGCCAUAAGAACAUCCUUCCGCCUAUAUACUAUUCAUUUGAUGGACCAUCUUUCUGCCUUGUUUACCGAUUCAUGCCAAAUGGGUCCUUGGAAGACUGUUUGAGAAAGUCGUCAACUAGACGUUUAUCAUGGAGGCGGAGACUUUCCAUUGCUACAGAUAUUGCACUUGGUAUAAGUUUUCUCCACAGUGAAAAAAUUGUUCAUAGGGAUAUAAAGAGUGCAAAUGUACUUUUGGACGAGAACUUUGUUGGAAAGGUUGCUGACUUUGGUCUAGUACGAAACAUUGGUAAAGACAACAAAACACAUGUGACAAAGAUGAUAAUUGGCAGCCCAGUUUACAUGUGCCGUGAAGCAUUCCACGGUGAUGUGUCACCCACUGUUGAUGUCUACAGCUAUGGAGUGAUUUUACUAGAGUUAAUAACUGGCCUGCCAACAACAGAUAUACCAACAACUGAGGAAGAUAUUGUUACAUAUUGUCAAAAUAGAGUUGAAUCUUCUCGUGAUGAACUCUACAGCAUGGUAGAUAACUAUAUGGAAGAUGUUGUAUUUGAAGAAGUUGAUGGCUUGUACACUUUGGCAGAUUCAUGUCUUGAAGAGAGGAAGGUCAGAAGAAUAUCUAUGGAAAAGCUUUUAUGUGAAAUAAAAAAACUGUCCAAGGUUGAAGAAUGAAUUAAAUGGAAACAACAGCAUCCAUGAAGUAAUUAUUUCUUAUGCAUAAUAAUUUUGAAAAAUAAAGGAAACUAGCCCAAAAUAAAAUCACUUAAAUAUUUUUAAAUUUUAUAUUCUUUAUAAUUUUAAGGAGUGAUUAAUGAGCAGUUUUUUAUUUUUUUUAAAUGACAAUUAUAAAUGUUUGAAUGUACUGUUUCUUGUAAAAAAAAAAUCAUGUAUAUUUUAUUUAGAGUAAUUAAAACAAUUAUGAGACUAGCUGAGAUAUUUAUUAAAACUUUCAGCUGUAAAUGCAAUUAUCUCACACAUUUUGGUUCUAAAUUCAUUUAUUCAAAUUCUAGGUUUGAUACCCUAAAAAGAAAAGAUGUACAUAGAUUUAGUGGGAAUCAAACAAAAACCUUCCAGGGUAAUAACCACCUGGACAAAACCAACCACAAUGGACUAUACCAUUGUUUAAGUGGGGUGGACAAUGUUAAGUGGGAAUUGUUUUUAUCUAGUUCUACAAUAGGACAGGUUACAUUGUGACUUCCUAUUAUGCGCCAUUAAUUCAUUCAAUUCUUUUGCCAACAUGUAUGUAAGUUAAUAAGCAUUGUAGAUUUCAGCAAUUAAUGUGCUUAAAGUUUUUUAUAAUUUUAAUUAUUCUAAUACAACACUUUUCUUUCAAACUCUAUAUAAAUUCAAAGCAAGAGUUUAAUACAUUAAUAACUCUAUUUAUGGUUAUGGUAUUUGUGGCAUUGUAUAGUAUUGUAACUUCAUUUAAAUUUCUAAAAGGACUUGUCCUGACUUCCUUUAAAAAUUUCUUGAAAGUAAUUACUUUGCAAGUAAUCAAAUUGGUCCCUCCAACUAAAACACAAAAAUGAUAACCAACUUUGGAAUGGUUUAUAGCUUCACCACCCAAACGUGUACAGAAUAAAUCCACUACUAAUUUAUUUGUGUAUUAAUUUGAUUAAUUCAUAUUUUUGCUUUUGGAAUUGUGGCUCUUUAUUAACUCACUUAUUUAUUCUAUUAAAAAAAAGAUUGUGUGAAUUAUGUUUUGAAGGAUAUAAAUGUUAUUUUGAUUUGAAAAUAUCUAAAAAUAAAUGUUAUUUUGAAUUGAAAAUAUCUAUAUUAUUUGAAGGAGAGCAUGAUUGUUUUCAUUUUCCUACUGUACGUUGCUAACCCUUUAAUUUUUUAAUAAUACAUACAGUACAUUGAUUUAUUUUUAAAAUUGUUAAUAAAUACUGUAUAAUAUAGUACAUUGUUAUUACUA